AACAGAAGAGGACGCGGCUCGGCUCGCCUACUAGACCGUGUUAAGUUUUCGGGCAAAUUGCGCGCGACUUUGACGAAUUCCAUUCAUACUCAUCGUGUUUGUAUAUUGGCAUAUAUAUAAGCCCAGUUGCUGAACAUUUCUUGCUCCAAUUUGAUUUGACUACGGGGUGUGUGUGCGCGCCUGAAAAAAUAACCAUCGGUGGGUGCUACUAUGCAAUACUGGUUCAAAGUUUCAAACCAGGUGACUGGACCAUCCAUCCAUCCGGGCUGUCCCUUUAUAUACCCACCGCGUCCAAGAAUCAAUCAUCGUCGUCUACUCAUCCAUCGCCCGAAUUCCUCCGUCUCCCUCCCACCCAUUGACUCCCCCGCGCGCGCUCGGAGAAGAGAAAGGCGUCGACCGGAUCGGGAUGAAGCAGGAGAAGGGUCAGGGCGGCGGCGGCGGGAAGAAGCUGGGGCGGUGGCUGGGCGCGCCGGUGCGGGCGCUGUCGCGGGCGUGCGACUCGUACGUGCGCAAGAUGUCGGCGUGCGCGGGCGCCAUGCCCACGCAGUACGCGGGCGCCGUGGGCCGCGGCGGGGCCGGGGCCAUGCGCAUGCAGGCGGCCACCUUCAGCUCGCGCUCCACGCGCCGCGGGGACGACGACGUCGGCGAGCUGGUCCGCGCCAUGUCCCAGCGCCAGCAGGGCAGCGGCGCCUCCCCCGCGGCCGCGGCCGUGCCGCCCAGGAGCCGGAGCGUGGGGGUGGGGCGGAUCGACGAGGACGCGCCGUGCGACUUCGGCGCCGACGCCGGGCGCGUCGGCCUGCCGCCCCCGGCCGUGCGCAGGAGCCGCAGCGCCGCCGUCGGGAGCGGCCUCCCGCCGCGCGUCGGUGGCGGCGGCGGGUUCGGCGCCGCCACGAUCAAGAAGGCUGCCCCCGCCGGCGUCGUCGUGCACGGCGGCUAGCCGAGACCGGCCGGCUGGCCGGCCGGCGCGUGCGAUGGCACAGCACACUCUGUACGUGUGCCCGCGUGUACGGACGGACAGUCACUGCACGCGGCCGCGGUGUGUUUUUUAGUCUUUUCGGUCGCAUCUUUCGUCUGGCAGGAUGGUUUUGGCCUUUUUUUUCCCGUGUGGUUGUGUCUUGUGUGAAUUGCACAUUUUCUAGUGGUUAGAUUUUGUCAGAACCUGGAAGCAGUUAGCAGCCCUGCAUAGCAUACUGCAUACACAGCCCAAAUCAAAUGUUGUUAAUUGGUAGAGUACACAUCUAAGAAGCAUGUGACGUGCCACAUAUAGUAAUGUGUAUCGAUCCAGAGGCCAAUCCAAACAAGUUCGGUGCGUACGCAUUUUAAAAAAUUUGAGAACAUGGCAUGCUGACAUUAUGCUAUGCUCGUGUCAUACA